AUGCGUGGUCCCCCGGGCCUGGCGAGGGCAGGUUCUGGGGACCUUCUCUGGGCCGGCGACCCUGAUGGCGCCUUGGCCAAGUGCGCCGAGACGUGUUUAAAUCUCAGGGUUAAAAAGAUAGUGUGUGGGCUAGGGGAAGCGACACUAGGAUUGGAGACCCCGCGGCAGAUUUUCCUUCCCACCUGGGUUGGCGGGGCUGAGAGAUCGGCGACACUCCGGCCAAGACGGUCGGUCCCCCGGGCAGAGCGCGCGGCGCGUCCCCGGCCCUUGCAGCGUGCGCGGCUAGCGGGUCCUCCCGGGGACAGCUUUCCCGUGGGCUUCGCUGAAGUGGAAACCAGCCUAAAAUGGCUCUGUGCUUGUAAACUGCAGUUUCAGCCGGGAACCCCUCCCCUCGUCCUCCUGACGUCGCCGCUGACAAGCGCACAAUUCACUCUAACGCCCCGAAACCCGCGAUUUUGCACCGAGCUGUGCCGUGGAAGCGAAUAUACAACCGAUUACAAAGAACAUUCCUCAGGAUUCUCGCAGGGCCCAAGUUUCCCUUUCUUGUAG